CGGUCCGUGCCGCGAAAUCACCACUCGGAUCGGAUCGGAUCACAAGUAAGAGACAGAUCGGCGAGAUACGACGGUGCAUGUACGCAUUACAACAACACAACAACCGGCCGACGCGGUCUCGUCGUUUUACCUUAAACCGGAACGCCGUGUUAAAGCUGCGAGAUAAUGUGAGAAAUUUAGUUUAUAAACUGAAAUAAGUAUCGCGGCGGUUAGAGUUCGAAAGAGAGAGUGUGUGUGUGUGUGUGUACGAAAAAAAAAAAAACAUCCGUGAGAAGUUAAAAGAGAGAAAAUAUCGCGACGAGAGAAUCGGAAAAAGAGAAAUAAAAAAGAACGGUCGUCGGAUAAUUUAACACAGAGCGAACAAAACAGCGCGUCCGAGAGAGCAGCGUGUAGUGAUCAACGGGGAAGUCGUGCGAUAUAUCGAACGCCGCGCGAUAAAAGCUGUAAAAAUAAUUCCGGCGACGAAGGGGUGGAACGAACGGAGCGGAGGAGCGCGAGAUAUAUACGCGAAUCGGCGAGAAUAGAAUUUCGCGCCGAUCCGUCCGAUAAAAAAACUCGACGAUCCCGCGAGGGAUGAAUAACCGGCCUCGACGACGAGCGGCAUGUAAUUCGGCCCGAGGAGCUGGAAUAUGCUAUUAACCACCGAGCGGAGCGCCGGCGAUGUUUAUGAGAGCGGGGGAGGAGCGCGGAGCAAAGGAAGCUAAUAAACUGGACAACUUCACGCGGCGGCAACUUCACGCGACAGGUGCGAGUUAUUGCGGCGCCGCCGCCUCUUCUGCAUCGCGCGGUGCACAAUUGUCAUUAUCCUCUGACCAAGUGCGUGUCGUCGUCCAGAAACAUCUCCCCGUCGUCGUCGUCGUCGUCGUCGUCGUCGUUGUCUAGAGGAACAUUUGUAGCACGACUCGCUUCGAAGAUCGCAAGACGGAAAGCAGAAAGGAAAGGAACAAGAAAAGAAAACGCCUGUACGGAUCGCGUGUCGAACGAAGAAGCGACAGCGAGUUGAGAACAAUAUUUCUCGUGAAACUUUGUGAUCCAUAUUUCUCUUGCCUACAUUCGUUCUUUCUCGAGUGUCCCGUUCUCUUCGACAAAGUUCGACAUCGAAAAAUCGUCUCUCCCUCUCUCUCGCGUGUGCGCGCGCGCGCGCACGCCCGUCUCCCUUCUUUAAUGUAUAUGUCCACGAAUGCAGAUCAGGUCUUGCGCGACGCGAGAGACGGGUCAUAAAGUUCUGAUCUCCCGAAGACUGAUCGGCUCUGUCAGAGCCAUCUCGAGAGCUUUCUCGAUAUCCGACCGAGAAAAUAAGACCCCUCUCGAGGUGACUAUCACGAUCUAACGAUAGACGCGAUCGCGCAGGCAGCGUUUAGAAUCCCGUCGUCCGCGCUCUUCGAUCGAACCUUUCCCGAUCGUUCGCGCGCUCAGAUUGAUCGACCGCGAGACGAGAGAUCGGUCACAAGGAAUCGCAACACACACCUCGCCCGACGUUCUCGCAGAUGUUGAGAUCGAUCCUCGAUAGGACGCAGAACGACGCAAUCAAGAUCCGAUCGCCGAAGAAUCGUUCGUCUUUCCCGGUUCGGAUUUUGCUCGGUGUUUCUCUCCCGACGAGAGACGACUUCGUUCGCGCCGCGUGAGAUCGUGUAAUUUUUAUCGCGGGGUAUUAGCGCGAGUUACAUCGCGAGUCCGCUUCUAUUGUCCACGUAACCGUGCGUGAGGAUGCUAACAUCGUCGGCGUCGUGUGCGCGUCCGUGCCGAGAAGCAACCCUUUCGUUCUGAUUGUUCAAUGAACGUGACGACUCGGUGCCGGGAAAGUGAGGCUCUGAUUAAAACCGUGUGCGGUGCAGGCCACGUCGUUGACGCGCUACGUAACUCAGGUGGCGAAUCGCCCCGACUAGAAGACCGAGAGGCGGCCAGCUGUUAAUCGGCAGCCACCGCGGUGGACAUGAUUAUUUCAAAGGAUCUCUUCCUCCUUGGCGACCAGGAUUAUCUGCGCCUUCCCGUCAACGAGAAGCGCCAGCAACGGGCAAUGGGCCGGCCGAUCAUCAAUGCUCCCAGAGUGGAAAGCUCAGCGCUGCAGUUGGUGUGCCCGCUGGAUUCUCGUCCGGUGCAGCUAAUCUUCCGAGGAUUGCAGGUGGUCAAGGAGAAGCGAGCGCUUCUUCGCGACGUUUCGGGAGUCGUCAAACCCGGCGAAUUAUUGGCCGUUAUGGGCCCCUCAGGCUGUGGUAAAACAACACUGCUGAACUGUUUGUCCGGCCGUGUUGGCGUGGACGCAGGCGAUAUCUGGCUGAAUCGCGAGAGGCUCACCAAACGGUGGCGCAGAAGAAUCUGCUACGUACAACAGCAGGAUGUUUUUUUUCCCGAUCUCACUUUGCGGCAGACGCUCGAGUACCAGGCGCGGCUCAGGCUUCCGGACACGCUCUCACACUCCCAGAAGAUGCAGUGCGUGGACCAUAUCAUCGAGGUUCUCGACCUCGCGGCCUGCCAAGACACCAUUAUCGGAGAUUACACGAAACGAGGACUUUCUGGCGGUGAAAAGAAGAGGACGAGUAUAGCCUGCGAAUUACUCACGAAUCCAUCGUUAAUGUUACUUGACGAACCCACGAGUGGACUCGACUCGCACUCGGCACAGGCAUUGAUCUCGCGGUUAAAGAAGUAUGCCGAACAGGAGGGCAAAAGUAUCGUAGUGACGGUGCACCAACCUAGUUCCAGGAUGUUCCACAGUUUCAGCAAACUCCUCCUCCUGAGUCGCGGUCAGGUAGCGUACUACGGUUCGACGGCGAAUAUCAGCAGAUUCUUCUCCACGAUAGGGCUUACGUUGCUGCCGAAUUACAACCCCGCAGACUUCAUCCUGGAACAAAUAAAGGGACCGGAGGAGGUUCGAGAGCGCAUCGUUGCCGCGGCGAAGGCAGCAAGACAGGGACCUGACUGCCCACCGGAACUUCGUACGGACUAUAAUCCCAGCCAACAUCCGCUCUCCGACCAUCUCUUCCAUUAUCACGAGCACCACAUCAGCCACAACGUGAAGGAAGACGAAGGCCGUACGUUAUGGUUGGACACACAAAGCCACGCCAGCAGCAGCGCGAGUUCUGCUGAUGACGACUAUUCCUGGCAAUGGCCCACCAGCUUCUGGUCGCAGUUCAAAGUAUUAUCGGAGAGAAAUUUUCAAGAGGCGAAACCGCGGAUGUUGUCGCGUUUGAACUGGCUGCAAACGAUAGCUCUAGGAAUAUUGGCCGGGCUUUUGUGGCUGAGGCUUCCCAGAACCGAAACGGCUCUCCACGACAUCCAAGGGUGGAUGUUCUUCAGCACCACGUACUGGAUGCUCUUCGCGCACUUCGGAACUCUCACCAGCUUUCCCCCCGAGCGCGAUGUGAUCAACAAGGAGCGCUUGUCAGGAUCCUACCGGCUCUCGGCCUAUUAUCUGGCGAAGAUGGUCGGCGAGUUACCGCUGACGAUAACGCUGCCCGCAGUCUACCAUGUGAUUAGUUACCCGAUGCUGGGCUUCCGCAAUGUGACCGUCUUCUUCACGCUGCUCAUGUUCCUGCUGCUCAACACCGUGGUCGCGCAGAGCGUCGGAUUUUUCGUCGGCGCUUGCUGCUUAGAUAUGCAGGUGAGCAUCACCGCGUCCGCGCUCUACACGCUGGCGACGCAGCUCUUGGGCGGAUAUCUGGCUACGUCGGUGCCGCCGUGGUUAGCGUGGGCCAGAUACGCGAGUAUGGUGCACUACGCCUAUCAGAACAUGCAGAUUGUGGAAUUCGACAUCGGCGAACCCAUCACAUGCUCGCAGCCGAGUAAAUUCGCCGAGUGCAGAAACGGCACGACGAUACCCGUUUCCGCGAUUCUGGAGAGUCAAGGCGGGGUCAGGGGUUCCGGACUACCAAUCUGGGCGAACACGGCGGUGCUUCUGGCAUUCCUGAUCGUUUUCCGGACUCUGGGCUACCUUGUCCUGCGUUAUUACCGCGUACCAAAAUGAGCGUGCCGAGAGAAAGAUAGAGAGAGAGUCGCGCGAGUAAGCGCGCAAAUUUCUCCGCGCGCUUUCGCGGGAUUUUAUUGUCGUAGAAUUAUUAACCGCGCUGCGUCGCCGUAGUGUGUUGUCUCGAACUGUUGUCUUGGGAAAAUAUAAACGGCGACACGUACGAAAUACGUUUCGUCCUCUUCGGAGAAUUCUCUCGCCCUCUCCCCCAAGGCUGUCGAAUGUCCUUGCGUUUUUCUAUCCGGCCGGGACGGGGGGAGGGGAUUCCGCGAAGAGAAUUCGUGUGGGCGCGAAUCGUUGUUUCACGCCGUUGUCACUUUUCCCGAUUAAACGCCGCGCAUCGAAAAAUGUGGCUCACACAACGGGAGAGAUCCGUAUGAGAGAGACACUUUGCGAAAAAAAACCAUAUAUUUACUGUACAUGUUGUGAGAGAGACUUUACACCACCAAUAAAGAAGCGUGUGCGUGUGAAUGUGGAUGGAGCGUGAGCGAACGAGACAUCGUUGUUUUCUCGUUUUGCGGCAAGAAGGGUAUAUAUAAUAGUAGAGAAAUUCGACGCGGUAACCGCCGCGCCGCGAAAUCCGACUGAAUUUUUACGAUGACGAUGAAACCUUUAUAU